AUGAGUAAAAAGGCGACCAGUGGGCUGCAGCGACAGUUCAAGGAAUGUUACCGGGAAAGUUUGAAGAUGAUCGCAACUAAACCACUGAUCCACAGGAUGAAUUGGUUCAAAUUCAUCUCGAACCAGUUCAGGAAUCAAACGAUGCGCGAGUCGUUCCAGAAGAGGGAAUACGAUUCGAUCGAGUAUCAGUUGCGACGGAUCAAAAAUCAACUGGAGCUGUAUUCGAAACCUUCCGUCCAACAAGUUCAUGUCCCGUCCACCCCAAGCCAGGGAAUCGUAUGUCACUUCGGCUGGGUCGCUAAAGGAGGAAGAGAAGGAUUAGGCCGACCCCCCUCAUCCGGAGCUUAA